AUGAGUUCCUACUUCGUGAACCCGCUGUACUCCAAGUACAAGGCGGCGGCCGCGGCGGCGGCGGCGGCGGCGGCGGGCGAGGCCAUCAAUCCCACUUACUACGACUGUCACUUCGCGCCCGAGGUCGGCGGCCGUCACGCCGCCGCCGCAGCAGCCCUGCAGCUCUAUGGCAACAGCGCCGCCGGCUUCCCGCACGCGCCCCCGCAGGCGCACGCGCACCCGCACCCGCACCCGUCGCCGCCGCCCUCCGGGACGGGGUGCGGCGGUGGGGACGGCCGGGGCCAGGACUACUUCCAUCCCGGCGGGGGCAGCCCGGCCGCUGCCUACCAGGCCGCCCCCCCUCCUCCUCCGCAUCCUCCGCCUCCGCCGCCGCCUCCCCCCUGCGGCGGGAUUGCCUGUCACGGGGAGCCCGCGAAGUUUUACGGAUACGAUAACUUACAGAGACAGCCGAUUUUUACGACCCAGCAAGAGGCCGAGCUGGUACAAUAUCCUGACUGUAAAUCGUCCAGUGGUAAUAUUGGCGAGGACCCAGACCACUUAAAUCAGAGCUCGUCUCCUUCUCAAAUGUUUCCCUGGAUGAGACCACAAGCAGCUCCUGGUAGACGAAGAGGAAGACAAACCUACAGUCGCUUCCAAACUCUAGAGUUGGAAAAGGAAUUUCUUUUUAACCCCUAUCUGACCAGGAAAAGAAGAAUCGAAGUUUCCCACGCCCUAGCCCUCACCGAGAGACAGGUAAAAAUCUGGUUCCAGAACAGGAGAAUGAAAUGGAAAAAGGAAAACAACAAGGACAAAUUUCCCGUUUCCCGGCAGGAGGUGAAGGACGGGGAAACGAAAAAGGAAGCCCAAGAGCUGGAGGAAGACAGAGCCGAAGGCCCGACAAAUUAACUUCUACCUUUAAAAUUUUACCACAGACUAUUAAAACUAAUAAUCACCAUAUGCUGUGGACACCACCUACUUUCUUUGUUGGAAAGGAUCUUACCUGUGUUUCAAGCUACCUUCAUGUCACUGCUCUUGAGGUUUCUGCGCUUUGAGAGGGAUUUGGGUGUUUAAAAAAGUUUCUAGUAUCACAUAGAAGCAGUCCUUGAGCUGUCCUAUGGAAGGGUAAUUUGAUACUGACCUUGUAGCUAUAUUUUUAUAAUGGUUUUUGAUGUCUGAGCUGGUGAUUUGCCUGAACAACGUAAACUUCCUAAUGAUUAGCACUUAAUUGCAUAUAAAAUGCUUUAUUAAUCAAACAAGUGCACUUGAACAUUUUAAUCUUUGUGGUGAGUAAAUUAAAAGGAGUCUAUUAAUUUUUUAAAAAAAUUAUGUCUGCAGAAUAUUUACUUUAUAUUAUUUGAUUACAAUAUUAUUUAUGGAUUUUUUAUUCUUUCUUUUAUAAUGAAUAGUUCGGGUGCGUUUUAUUUACUCCUAAGAGGUUUCUUUGCGUAUUUUCUAAAUGUAAUAUCUCGGGGAAAAGGCUGGGCUAAAUAUUUGAAAAGCACGUAUUAGCUGAAGAGUGUAACAUGUAGUCCAGCUCUGCAGCUUCCUUAAACUUAAGGAAAAGAUUGGGCCAGUGACAAGAGUUUAAAGACAAUGUCCAAGUUGACAAUUAUUUUUCUAUAGUCCAUACAAAUUAAAUAAUCUGGCAACUCUGGCAAAUCGCCUUGUAAAAUGCGUCUCAUUUUUUAACUUGCUUUCGUUUUGAACCGCCCUUGUAAUCGCCUGAAAUCGCUAGUUCUUUAUGCGGUGGCUGCCGCUGUGUUCCGUUAUUUUCAGUAGGUGCCAUACUUAUUUGUAUUGCCUUCGUUCUGUUCGCCGCUGGUUUUAAACCAGCUUGCUGUGCGCAUCUCAGACGUCGGUUGGUACGUCCUCUGCUGUUCUUCAGGAAAGCGAUAGCCUCACCUAUUUGAAACAAGCCCUGAGAGGAAACGCAGAAAAACCUGAGUGUAAACAACUCUGGAAUGUCGCUAGCUCCUUAAUAAAUAAAUGAAUCUCUUUCUG